UCAAUGAUCAAGGUGAUACAGCUGAUCAUGAAAUAUAUAGAAUUUCAUCCUACAAUUAUCUCCCAGGAUAGUCAAUCUUUUGUUGAGUUUAUUUCUACUCUUAAUAGCCUGAAGAAGAACCCUGAAAUAGCUGUAGCUGUAGAGGCAAGCGAUAUUUUGGGUAAUUUCUUUACAAGAUUCCCCAUUACAAUGAAGGAUGUAAUGAGGAAAAUACAUCUAGAAGACAAGAAAAGAAUCAUGAAUGAUGCUAACAAGAUAAUUAAAUCAUCAAAUACUUCUCAAGAACUAUCAGCAAAGGAGUUUUACAUUAAACUUGAAAGUAAAAGGAAAAUUCCCAAUAACUUUCCCUCGAAUGAGCCUAUUCAAGCCCAAAAGGCAUCUAUAACUACAAAGAAUGGAGAGGAGAUUGGCAAAAUGACUCUGCUUAACCUUCAAAGAACAAAUCUAACGACUCCUGCAUCAAAGACAAGAAGAAGAUAAGUCCAAAGUCUCUAAUCCCUCUAUCAGAAAACGGUCUGGUCUUCGGUAUUUUCUCUCAAAGCAUAAUCCAGGGACUUCUGAAGCCUGGAAUCUCUCUUGAAGAGAAGAGUAGGCUUCUAGAUGGGAUGCUAUCAGAGCUAAGAUCUACUAAAAAUCCAUCAGAAGCAUUCAGUUCUUCUAAGUCCUUCCUAAAUUUGGUCGAAAAUCUACUUGAGCAUCACGAUUGAGUACAUAAGGUAUUGCAAAUAGUGGGAAUCUUAGUUAAAGAAAGCUGCUUUAAAAAUGUUAACAACCUCACUACAAUUUUUGGUACCUGCAAGAAGUUCCUAGGAGGAGAAAGUUUGGACAUAAGAAGAGAAGCAAUGAAGUUAUUCAUCGCUUUGAUUGAAUCAAUGCCUAGCAAAAUCUUUGUAGAGCAAGCACUCUCAUAUGCACAUAAUGAUAACUGGAAAGUUAAGGAAGAAAUACUAAAUCUUCUUAUUAUCUGUCUGAUCAAAGGGAUUGACAAGUCACUAAAUAUUGAGCACACAGUGAGUCAAUUAGCCAUUCUUGUAGCAGAUGAUCACUCUAAAGUCAGAUUUGUGGCAAGAGAAGCAUGAGCAAUGCUUGCUUUAAAGGGCAAAACAGAGAAAAUAAUGAAUACUUUAGGCAAUCUAGUGAUACACAAUGAGUAUUUAAAGAUCAAAGAAAUUAUAGAAAAGAAUAAUUUUGUAACUUUUAAUGAGAGUAAAUUAAUGUUUGAGUAUCCUAAGAAACCGAAGUCUUUGAAGAAAAUUAAGCUGAACCAGCCCAAUCUAGGAUUGAAAGGGAUAUCUAAAAUCAAACUAAACUUUUCGAAAAGAAAGAUCAGAAAUUUAGAGUUACCACAAGGCUCUUCUGGUUCAUUACCAAGAAGUAAGAAGGUUGAAAAGAGCACGAAAACAAUCAGAAAUCGGAAAAUAAAGAUGCGAAAUAAACCUUCAAAUACAGCUUUGUUAAGCAAAGAAACUUCAAAGAAAAGAGCAGGAACUAGAAAAAUAUCUUCAAAUUCUUCUGAGGCAUUAUCUCCUAAUAAUCAGGGUGAUAACUCUACAUUGAAUUAUACAGAUUAUAUCCUAUCCAAGAAGAUAUCCUCAAGUUUCUCCCCUGGACGGUUAAGAGCCUUGAAACAAACUAUGAGAACCAAAAAUAGUUCAAAGCAAGAAGGCAAUAAUUUCUCAAAUGAGAUACAGAAUAGAAGAGGCAUAGGUGCAAGUCAUAGGUUGAGUAAAAUUUCUGCAACCCAAACUUCUCUUCAUAGCAUAAAUCUGCACAAUCGGAUGGAAGAGACUUCUGAUACGAGUGGCCAUAUUCAUGAGUCUCAUUUUAAUACAAAAUCAAUGGCUGAGAAGAUGAAUUACUCAGAAUACAUUAACCUCUCCGAAACUGCUACUCAAUAUGAAUCCAGCGGAUUUUCUAAGAGAAUGAUCAUCAACCGUGAGAGAAAGAACCAGACUCAGACCAGGAAGAACACAAAGAAAAUGGAUGCUGCAGCUCAGGCUUGAAUUAGCAGGCUCCUUUGCAAAGACUCUGAGCUUGAAAACGAAGGAAAAUAUAUGAGGAAGGAGGACAUCCAAAAGUUGAAGUCUCCUUCAAAAGCUCUCAAAACUGUCUUUAAAGACCUUACUUGUAGUGACUGGAAAAAGCAAUUUGAUGCAUGAAAUUCCUUGAGAGCUCUUGUGUUACAUCACAAAGAAAUUCUGCUGCAUGAUUCGUACAUUCUACAAUGCUUCAUGCAAGGGAUGGUCAAGCAAGUAGAAUCUUUAAGAAGUAGCAUCGCUAAGAAUGCAUUGAUCGCCUUCAAAGAUGUCAUUGAAGUCUUGAAGAAAAGGCUAGACAAUGAUCUAGAUUAUAUUAUGCCAGCAGUUAUGAAGAAAGCAGCUGAGAAGAACACUUUUCUGGCCAAAGUAGCUACUGAUCUGUUGAUAUCUGCAGCCAAAUCUUGUAGUGAACACAAGGUGAUGAGUGCUCUAGGUUCCUUGACAUUUAAGAAAUCACCGACGAUCAGAGUCAGAAUGCUAAUAGUCCUCAAGACUGUUGUUAUGAAAUUAGGAGCAAAGAUUUUGAAAUUUAAAGACAAUAUUUCUAUAAUGAGCUAUUUGACUUCAUUCCUACAAGAUGCUUCUGAGAAAGUGAGAGAGAAAUCUAAAGAGGCAUUAGAAACACUCAAGCAAACUCUUGGUAAUAAAUUUUUUGAAAAGUUGAUUAAAAAUACUUGAAACGACAAGCAAGAGCUAAAAAUCUAUCGUAUUUUUCAAACAGACAAGAUUGGAGCUUUGAGUGAAACAGCUCAUUCAAUGAAAUAUCUCACUAAAAAGCAUAUAAGAAAUGAGAGAUGUACCAACACUACUCAUCACUUCCCUCAGCUUCGGAAUCAGCACACGUCACCUUCAAAUGCUGUCCUCGAAUCUGUUCCUGAAUCUGAAGUACUCAAGCGUAAGAUUGCUUCUGUUAUUCGCAAACCUCCGAACAAGCUGGCUCAGUAAGCUUGAAUUAAAAAUAAGU